UGACGCAGUGACGUCACUCGGAAGGCUCUAACUUGCCUUCUAGACGUCACUGGCUCAAAUACGCUUUGGAGCUGUUAGAAACUGGACUAUGCAAAAUAAAGCACACAUUUCACAACGACCCGCGGAAAAACAUCGAUUAUUCAUGUUUAAAGCGUCAUCUGUUCGUGCAUAGAGAAGAAUGAAGCGCAAGAACGAGCGACGGAGCGACUCCAGGAAAAGACUGAGGAAAGAGGCGGAGCCCAAGCGCGAGAUUUACACUCAUAUCACAGAUCAGCUAUAUUUUGCUAUUCUUCAUCAGAAGGUCAAGAGUUCACCUGACAGACAUUGUUUCUGCACCGAUGAAGAACUUUCCUAUGAAAACUUCUACGCAGACUUUGGCCCACUCAACCUGGCCAUGUUUUAUCGCUUUUGUUGCAAACUCAACAAGAAGCUGAAGUCUUGUGCUCAUGCAAAGAAGAAAAUAGUGUUUUACACAUGUGGUGACAGGAAGAAACAAGCCAAUGCUGCGUAUUUGAUUGGCUCUUAUGCUGUCAUGCAUCUACAGAAAACACCAGAGGAGGCUUACAGUCUUCUAGUCUCUCAGAAUGCAUCUUAUCUGCCUUUUAGAGAUGCAUCUUUUGGAACUUGCAUGUUCAAUCUUAAUAUUCUUGACUGUCUACGGGCCGUUCACAAGGCGCUGCAUUUCGGCUGGUUGGAUUUCUCACAGUUUGAUGUGGAGGAAUAUGAACAUUAUGAGAGGGCAGAGAAUGGAGAUUUCAACUGGAUAAUUCCAGGGAAGUUCUUGGCUUUUAGCGGUCCUCAUCCAAAGAGCAAAAUCGAGAAUGGAUACCCUCUUCAUGCCCCGGAAGCGUACUUCCCCUACUUCAGGAAGCAUAACAUCACCACCAUCAUCCGGCUCAAUAAGAAAAUGUACGAUGCCAAGCGUUUCACAGACAUGGACUUCAAACAUCAUGACUUGUUCUUUGUGGACGGUAGCACACCCAAUGAUGUCAUCGUCACCAAGUUCCUGAACAUCUGUGAGAAUGCUGACGGGGCAAUCGCGGUCCACUGUAAAGCUGGUCUGGGUCGAACAGGAACCCUCAUUGCCUGUUACAUGAUGAAACACUUCAGAUUGACGGCAGCUGAAGCCAUAGCAUGGAUCAGAAUCUGCAGGCCCGGAUCAGUCAUUGGACCUCAACAGAACUUCACUGAACAAAAGCAGUCCAGUCUGUGGGCAGAGGGCGAUCUGUACCGGCAAAAGAUAAAUAAGCAGGAAAAUGGCACGAUCAAGACAGCAGUGGCUGGAAUCUUGUCUGGAGUUGAAGAUAUCUCCAUCAAUGGAACAAACAAGAACAUUUUACCAAGAAGAACAGUCACUGAAAUGCACACUGAGGAAGAGGAGGAGGAAUGCGGAGGUCUCACACAAGGCGAUAAACUAAGAGCUCUGAAGAGUAAAAGGCAGUCCAGAGCAUCCGCCGGUUCAUUAUCGUUGGAGGAAAAUACAAUUCAUACCAAAUCAACAUCAAAGUCAUUAAGCUCCGAUAAAAGGAAACGGACCAGAGCUUCGCUUGGAUCCGACAGAGCCAGUAGCUCGUUGUUACAGUCAAGACUUGCAAAGUCUUUAGGCAACUUGCACGUAAUGGCUUAUGAAAACGACCAUGUGUUCUCUGAAGUUAACGCUGCUUCUGUGGCCAACAGUAAUUUCAUCAAGAAGUCAAACUUAAAGCACUUAAACCCAGUUGCAACCCAGAGGGCGUCCUCUGGCAUUUCAAAGCAACACUAUGGUCACAGUCUGAGUUCACUCAGCUCAUAACUCCAUCUCCAAAGCUCGCGCUCCGCUACUGCGAUGAAAACGGCUGUGGACCAACAUCACAGAGACUGCAUUAAUAUUACUCUUUUUAUUUCUUAUGGUUUACUUAUUUUGUCUAAACAUUCUACUAUGAACAUUAUUCAAAAAGGAAACCGUUUUGAUGGGAAAAAUCUUCAAAUGUAAACCUUUUUUAAUCUGAAAGAACUUUAACAUGCUUGAGCCUUUGAAGUUAGACUUCUUUUUAUGCCAGUGUAAGUAUCAUAUAUUGCAGAAUGCUGCCUUUGCUAUUAUGUUACUAAACCUGUAAUAAUGUUUUAAUAAUACUGUACCUAAUACUUAACAACUUCAACCUACAACCAUGUGACAUACUGUAGAUUUGAUGUGAACCUCUUUGUUUGAAACAUACUGUGGUAACCAUGACUGAAAGAUGUAUAUAGGCUUAAAUUUAAAAGACUUAAUUUUUUUUUUUAAUUGUAAAUACUGCAUACAUUUAUUUUGAUGAUGGACUGAAUUUAAAUCAUGAUGUUUUCACUUAUACAGUAUAUAUAACUGGAAAGGAUCUAACUCGUACCCUUUCAAUAAAUCCUUUCUGUUGCAAAUGUG